AAUGGCUCCUUGGCUGGCUGGGAGCCGGGAGUGAGAGCGUCCUUCAUGAGCUAACCGCGUUCCGCCGGGAGGGCUGUUCCUUUAAUUCACCAACUGAAAAAGUGGGAAAGGAUGUCUGGAGGCGAGGAGGCGUCCCAUUACAGAGGAAGGAGCUCACUAUAUAAGCCAGGCAAAGCUGGCUCCUCUGGCUACAGCCUGCCUACUGUCGCACGCCUCUCCUGGGCAGACACGCGCCCGCUUCUGCUCCGCACAAAGCAGGGAGCGGUUGCGGGGACUCCAGGGACCACGCGGGUGGGAACAGCUGCGGCUCACGUCCCGGAAUCCCUUCCACGCAGCUGAUGCACCCGCGGACCUAGGUUCUUCUCAUCGGGGCAAGAUCAUUCUUCCAAUAUUGUGGACUACAGGCUUGUACUCUACUCAGGACUUCUAAGUCUCAAAUUCCCCUGGGAGUGAGACAACCUACAACUCCAAAGACACUUACUCAGCCCAUCUCCAGCAUGGGAGCUGUGACUUGGCUGUUGCCAGGCAUCUUCCUAGCUUUGCUUGCCCUACCUUGUGAAGGUGGGGUCCUCAAGAAAGUCAUCAGGCACAAGCGACAGAGUGGGGUGAAUGUUACCCUACCAGAGGAUAAUCAGCCAGUGGUGUUCAAUCAUGUCUACAACAUCAAGUUGCCUAUGGGGUCACAAUGUUCAGUAGAUCUGGAGUCAGCCAGUGGGGAGAAAGACUUGACCCCGACACCAGAAUCCAGCAGAAGCUUCCAGGAACACACAGUGGAUGGGGGAAACCAAAUUGUGUUCACACAUCGCAUCAACAUCCCCCACCGAGCCUGUGGCUGUGCAGCUGCUCCUGAUGUGAAGGAGCUCCUGAGCAGGCUGGAGGAGCUGGAGAUGCUAGUAUCUUCCCUUCGGGAGCAGUGCACCAUGGGAGCAGGCUGUUGUCUCCAGCCUGCAGAAGGCCGUCUGGACACCAGGCCCUUCUGCAGCGGCAGGGGCAACUUCAGCACGGAGGGCUGUGGCUGCGUGUGUGAGCCAGGCUGGAAAGGGCCCAAUUGCUCUGAGCCCGAAUGUCCUGGCAACUGUCACCUCCAAGGCCAGUGCGUGGAUGGACAGUGCGUCUGUGACGAGGGCUUCACCGGCGAGGACUGCAGCCAGCUGGCCUGUCCCAGCGACUGCAACGACCAGGGCAGGUGCGUGAACGGGGUGUGCGUCUGCUUCGAAGGCUACGCGGGGGUCGACUGCGGCCAGGAGGUCUGCCCUGUGCCCUGCAGCGUCGAGCACGGCACGUGCUUGAACGGCCGGUGCGUGUGCCAAGACGGCUUUGCAGGUGACGACUGCAAGGAGCCCCUGUGUCUCAACAACUGCCUCAACCGCGGGCGGUGCGUGGAGAACGAAUGCGUGUGCCACGAGGGCUUCACCGGGGACGACUGCAGCGAGCUCAUCUGUCCCAACGACUGCUUCGACCGCGGCCGCUGCGUCAACGGCACCUGCUACUGCGAGGAGGGCUUCGCCGGGGACGACUGCGGGGAGCUCACCUGCCCCAACGCCUGCCAGGGUCGCGGCCGCUGCGAGCAGGGCCAGUGCGUGUGCGGCGAGGGUUUCGCGGGCGCCGACUGCAGCGAGAAGCGGUGUCCCGCCGACUGCCACCACCGUGGCCGCUGCCUCGACGGGCGCUGCGAGUGCGACGACGGGUUCACGGGCGCGGACUGCGGGGAGCUGCGGUGUCCCCGCGGCUGCAGCGGGCAGGGCCGCUGCGUCGACGGGCAGUGCGUGUGCGACCAGGGCUACACGGGCGAGGACUGCGGCCGGCGGCGGUGCCCCAGUGACUGUCACAACCGGGGCCGCUGCGUGCACGGCCGCUGCGUGUGCGAGCAGGGCUUCCAGGGCUUCGACUGCGGCGACGCGAGCUGCCCCAACGACUGCCACCAGCACGGGCGCUGCGUGCACGGCAUGUGCGUCUGCCACGACGGCUACACCGGCGAGGACUGCAGGGAGCGCCGCUGCCCGCGGGACUGCAGCCACCGGGGCCGCUGCGUGCAGGGACAGUGCGUGUGCGAGCAGGGCUUCGCGGGGCCCGACUGCUCCGAGCUCUCCUGCCCCAGCGACUGCCACGGCCAGGGCCGGUGCGUGAACGGGCGGUGCAUCUGCCACGACGGCUUCACCGGCAAAGACUGCGAGGAACGAAGGUGCCCCGGCGACUGCCACGGGCAGGGUCGCUGCGAGAAUGGGCAGUGUGUCUGCCGCGAGGGCUUCACGGGCCUGGACUGCGGGCAGCGCUCGUGCCCGGGUGACUGCAGCAACCUAGGGCAGUGUGUCUCCGGCCGCUGCAUCUGCAACGCGGGCUACACGGGAGAAGACUGCUCCCAAGUUUCCCCUCCCAAAGACCUCAUCGUGACAGAAGUGACAGAAGAGACUGUAAACCUGGCAUGGGACAAUGAGAUGCGGGUCACUGAGUACCUCAUUGUGUACACACCCACUCAUGCUGAUGGCCUGGAGAUGCAGUUCCGUGUGCCUGGAGACCAAACAUCCACCACCAUCCGGGAGCUGGAGCCUGGCGUAGAGUACUUCAUCCGUGUGUUCGCCAUCCUGGAGAACAAACGGAGCAUCCCUGUCAGUGCCAGGGUGGCCACCUAUUUGCCUGCACCCGAAGGCCUGAAAUUCAAGUCCAUCAAGGAAACAUCUGUGGAAGUGGAGUGGGAUCCUCUAGACAUUGCUUUUGAGACAUGGGAAAUCAUCUUCAGGAAUAUGAAUAAAGAAGAUGAGGGAGAAAUCACUAAAAGCUUGAGGAGGCCAGAGACUUCUUACCGACAAACUGGUCUUGCUCCUGGGCAAGAAUAUGAAAUAUCUCUGCACAUCGUGAAAAAUAAUACCCGGGGCCCUGGCUUAAAGAAGGUGACCACAACCCGCUUGGAUGCCCCCAGCCAGAUUGAGGUGAGAGACAUCACAGACACCACAGCACUUAUCACCUGGUUCAAACCCCUGGCUGAGAUCGAUGGCAUCGAACUCUCCUAUGGCAUCAAGGAUGCACCAGGUGACCGCACCACCAUUGACCUCACACAUGAGGACAACCAGUACUCCAUUGGGAACCUGAGACCAGAUACUGAGUAUGAGGUAUCCCUCAUCUCCCGAAGGGUGGAUAUGACAAGCAACCCUGCCACAGAGACUUUUGUCACAGGCCUAGAUGCUCCCAGAAAUCUCCGCCGUGUUUCGCAGACAGACAAUAGCAUUACCUUGGAGUGGAGAAACGUCAAGGCAAACAUUGACAGCUACAGAAUUAAGUAUGCACCCAUUUCUGGGGGUGACCAUGCUGAGAUCGAUGUUCCAAAGAGCCAGCAAACCACAACCAAAACCACCCUCACAGGCUUAAGACCAGGAACUGAGUACGGGAUUGGAGUUUCUGCUGUGAAGGAGGACAAGGAGAGUGACCCAGCGACCAUCAAUGCGGCCACAGAAAUGGAUGCACCCAAGGACCUUCAGGUAUCUGCAACAACAGAGGACAGCAUAACCCUGCACUGGCAGACACCACUGGCCAAGUUUGACCGUUACCGACUCAACUACAGCCUCCCUGCAGGCCAGUCAGAGGAGGUCCAACUACCAAAGGAUACCACCUCUCAUGUCCUGACAGGCCUGGAGCCAGGACAGGAAUACACUAUCCUCCUCACUGCUGAGAAGGGCAGGCACAAGAGCAAACCAGCACGGGUGAAGGCAUCCACUGAACAAGCCCCUAUCUUGGAAAAUCUCACUGUGACUGAGGCCGGCUGGGACGGCCUCACACUCAACUGGACCACAGCUGAUGUAGCCUAUGAGCACUUUGUCAUUCAGGUGCAGGAGGCCAACAAGGUGGAGGCUGUUCAGAACUUCACAGUGCCAGGCAGCCUCCGGGCUGCAGACAUCCCAGGCCUCAAGGCCGCCACCCCUUACAGAAUCUCCAUCUAUGGGGUGAUACGUGGCUAUAGAACACCGGUGCUCUCUGCUGAGGCCUCCACAGGAGAAACUCCCAAUUUGGGAGAGGUCACGGUGGCCGAUGUGGGCUGGGAUGCCCUCAAGCUCAACUGGACUGCUCCAGAAGGGGCCUAUGAGUACUUUUUCAUUCAGGUUCAAGAGGCUGAUACUGCCCAGGCUGUCAAGAACCUCACAGUUCCUGGAGAACUGAGGUCUGUGGACCUGCCUGGGCUCAAAUCAGCCACGCGCUAUAUUAUCACCAUCCGUGGGGUCACUCAGGACUUCAGCACAGCCCCUCUCUCUGUUGAAGUGUUGACAGAUGAGGUUCCAGGACUGGGAAACCUCACAGUGACCAAGCUUAACUGGGAUGCCCUCAGACUCGACUGGACCACACCAGAUGAGACCUAUGACCAGUUUAUCAUUCAGGUCCAGGAGGGUGGCCAGGUGGAAGGGGCUCACCAUCUCACCAUUCCUGGCAGCCUGCGCUAUGUGGAGAUCCCAGGCCUCAGGGCUGGCACUCUUUAUACAAUCAGCCUGCACGGCAAAGUCAGAGGCCUCAGCACCCAACCCCUUGUCAUGGAGGUCAUCACAGAGGAGUUCCCUCAGCUGGGAGACUUAGCCGUGACUGAGGCCGGCUGGGAUGGCCUCACACUCAACUGGACCACAGCUGAUGUAGCCUAUGAGCACUUUGUCAUUCAGGUACAGGAGGCCAACAAGGUGGAGGCCGUUCAGAACCUCACAGUGGCAGGCAGCCUCCGGGCUGCAGACAUCCCAGGCCUCAAGGCCGCCACCCCUUACAGAAUCUCCAUCUAUGGGGUGAUACGUGGCUAUAGAACACCGGUGCUCUCUGUCGAGGCCUCCACAGCCAAACAACCUGAAAUUGGAAACUUAACUGUUUCUCACCUAACAUCUGAGAGCUUCAAUCUCUCCUGGACAGCUACUGAUGGGAUCUUCGACACCUUUACCAUUGAAAUUAUUGAUUCCAAUAGGUUGCUUCAUACGGCAGAAUAUAAUAUAUCUGGUGCUGAACGAACUGCUUAUAUCUCAGGGCUUCCCCCUAGUACCGAUUUCAUUGUCUACCUCUCUGCACUUGCUCCCGGUAUCCGGACCAGAACCGUCAGUGCCACAGCCACCACAGAGGCCUUGCCCUUUCUGGAAAACUUAACCAUUUCCGACAUUAAUCCCUACGGGUUCACAGUUUCCUGGAUGGCAUCGGAGAAUGCCUUUGACAGCUUUCUAGUCUCGGUGGUGGAUUCUGGGAAGCUUCUGGACCCCCAGGAAUUCACACUUUCAGGAACCCAGAGGAAGUUGGAGCUUAGAGGCCUCAUAACUGGCAUUGGCUAUGAGGUCCUGGUCUCUGGCUUCGCCCAAGGGCAUCAAACCAAGCCCUUGAGAGCUGAGACUAUUACAGAAGCUGAACCAGAAGUUGACAACCUUCUAGUUUCAGAUGCCACCCCAGACGGUUUCCGUCUGUCCUGGACUGCUGAUGAAGGGAUGUUCGACAGUUUUGUUCUCAGAAUCAGAGAUACCAAAAAACAGUCUGAGCCACAGGAAAUAACCCUUCCUUCCCCCACACGUACCAGGGAUGUAACAGGCCUCAGAGAGGCCACUGAAUAUGAAAUUGAACUCUAUGGAAUAAGCAAUGGAAGGCGAUCCCAGCCUGUCAGUGCUAUAGCAACAACAGCCAUGGGCUCUCCAAAGGAAAUCACAUUCUCAGACAUCACUGAAAAUUCAGCCACCGUCAGCUGGAUGGCUCCCACUGCUCAGGUGGAGAGUUUCCGGAUUACUUAUGUGCCGAUGACAGGAGGUGCCCCCUCCAUGGUGACAGUGGAUGGUUCCAAGACCGAGACUCAGCUGGUGAAGCUCAUCCCUGGGGUGGAGUACCACGUGAGCGUCAUUGCCAUGAAGGGCUUCGAGGAAAGUGACCCUGUCAUGGGGUCACUCACCACAGCUCUGGAUGGCCCAUCUGGCCUGGUGACAGCCAAUAUCACAGACUCAGAAGCCUUGGCCAUGUGGCAGCCAGCCAUUGCCACUGUGGACAGUUAUGUCAUUUCUUACACUGGGGAGAAAGUGCCAGAAGUUACACGCACAGUGUCUGGGAACACCAUGGAGUAUGAGCUGGCUGACCUUGAGCCUGCCACCGAAUACACACUGAGGAUCUUUGCAGAGAAAGGGCCACAGAAGAGCUCCACCAUCACCACCAAGUUCACCACAGACCUUGAUUCUCCAAGAGACUUGACAGCUACAGAGGUUCAGUCAGAAACAGCCCUUCUCACCUGGAGACCUCCCCGGGCAUCCAUCACCGGCUAUCUCCUGGUCUAUGAAUCCGUGGAUGGUACAGUUAAGGAAGUCAUUGUGGGGCCAGACACCACCUCCUACAGCCUGGCAGAUUUGAGCCCAUCCACCCACUACACAGCCAGGAUCCAAGCACUCAGUGGAUCUCUAAGAAGCAAGCUGAUCCAGACCAUCUUCACUACAAUUGGACUUCUGUACCCAUUCCCCAGGGACUGUUCACAAGCAAUGUUGAAUGGUGACACAACCUCUGGCCUCUACACCAUCUACAUAAAUGGAGACAAGGCUCAAGCCCUGGAAGUCUUCUGUGAUAUGACCUCUGAUGGAGGUGGAUGGAUUGUGUUCCUGAGACGCAAAGAUGGACGUGAGGACUUCUACAGACCCUGGAAGGCAUAUGCUGCUGGAUUUGGGGAUCGUAGAGAAGAAUUCUGGCUUGGACUGGACAAUCUGAGUAAAAUCACAGCCCAAGGGCAGUAUGAGCUCCGGGUAGACCUGCAAGACCACGGGGAGUCUGCCUUCGCUGUUUAUGACAGGUUCAGCGUGGGAGAUGCUAAGACUCGCUACAAGCUGAAGGUGGAGGGCUACAGUGGAACAGCAGGUGACUCCAUGAACUAUCACAAUGGCAGAUCCUUCUCUACCUAUGACAAGGACACAGACUCAGCCAUCACCAACUGUGCUCUGUCCUACAAAGGCGCUUUCUGGUAUAAGAACUGUCACCGUGUCAACUUGAUGGGGAGAUACGGGGACAAUAAUCACAGUCAGGGUGUUAACUGGUUCCACUGGAAGGGUCAUGAACACUCAAUACAGUUUGCUGAGAUGAAGCUGAGACCCAGCAACUUCCGCAAUCUCGAAGGCAGGCGCAAACGGGCAUAAAUUGCAGGGACAACUGGGUGAGAAAGGAGUGGGGCCCAGAGAAAGGAGGAUUUUUACCAAAGCAUCAAUACAACGAGUCCAACCAUCAGGCCACAACCUGGGCAUUUGGCAGCAGUCCGUCCAGUCCAACCAUUGGUUGCUGAGGCACUGGUAUCCGCCACUCUGCGGUGACUUCCUUCACACCAAAGACAACAGUCUGUUUGUUGUUUGAUUCAGCAACAAAGUCUUCCAGUGACAACAACACAGUGGUUUUUACUUCUCUUGGGUGGCUCCAGGAAUGGGAGAGGAUAGGCUAUACAGUGGUAGUAGUUUGUGUUAGAACCAGCCGUAUUUUACACAAAGCUGUAUAUUAAUUAUUAUUUUUUUUGGUAGCAAAGGAAAAAUGUGUGUCAUUGGAACUUGUCCCCACCCCUCUUUUUCUACAUUUCAUACAACUGAAACCAGAAGAGCAGUACUGUUUCCAUUUCAAGGAGAUGAUUAAUAUUAUUAAUAUAAUGAUGAUUGUGGUGAAAACUAAGGGUUUUUACAGAGAUGGUCCCUUCCCAAACACAUCUGAACAGUACCUGAUUGUAUUUUUUUUUAAUAAAAGCACAAGUACUUUUGAA